CAUAUCCGUAAAGUUUUAUCUGAAGAUAAAAACUCAGCCAUAGGUGAUAAAAUAAUAAAUAUUUAUCAUCAACCACUGCUGAGUAGAACAUAUUUACUUUUUUAUUAUUUUGAUUGAGCAAUAUUUAAUUUCUGACAAGCUGAAUAUCGUUGGAGUUAAAGAGGGGAAAAUGACAGACCAUGAAUGUGUUGACUAUGUCAAGCAUUGUGCAUUAUGUUAGUAGAGACUUGUCACAAGUAAAGUGAAGUCAUAAAACUUUAAGCCGGUUGAUCCUACUUAACUUGAUUUAUUGGACACAUCCGAGACCUAAAUUACCAAAUGAACUUUUUAUCUGACAGUUUAUCAGAAAACAAUUCAGUUUGGUUGUCAGAUCUCGAGUCUGUCAAAGUUUUUCGUUAAAACAUGGAUUUGUCAAAAGUUAUCAGCAGUAAAUUUGGUGAAAAAAAUUUAAAAAAUAUCCUGAGCAAAGCGACUGGUCAUGAAACUUCAAAAAUUUCUGAUACGGGGUGCGAAUUUGAGGCUAAUUCUGCAAAAGGUGACAAUUAUCUCUCAGUAGUGCAUCGCGUACGGAUCCACGGUCUCAUUGAUGGUAAACAAAUAGAGACUAGAGUAAUUAUUAAAACAUUGCCACGAAAUAUCGCGACUCGAAAGACUUUCCGAAGUGCGGAGUUUUUUGAAAAUGAAAUAAACUUUUACAACAAGGUUAUUCCUUUGAUGGAGAAAUUCUUGGAGACUAAAGGUAAAAAAAAUUUUCUACCUGCUCCAAAGUGCUGGGACUCUUACUUUGAUGGAGAAAAUGAUUUUAUCGUUCUGGAAGAUAUCAGAACUCGUGGGUACGGACAUAUUGCAAGACAAGAUCCUUGGAAACUUGAAAAUAUCAAAGUUAUACUGAAAACUUUAGCGCAAUUCCACGCUAUAUCAUUCGCGUUUAAGGAUCAGUGUCCUGAGGUGUUUUCUCAGAUACCAAAAAUUCUUAAAGAAAGUUUUUACGGUUCUGAAAAACACUGGGCGUGGUAUAGAGAGUAUUAUAAUGAGACAUUAAACGUCGCCAAGGACGCGGUUUCAAAAGAAUACCCAGGAUCACCAGAAGAGAAAAAGUUUCUAUCAAUUCCCGCUCGUUUCUUUUUCGAAAAAUCAAUGGAGAUUUGUAGACAUCCCGAAGCUCCAACGUCUGUGGUAACUCAGGGUGACUCUUGGGCAGCCAAUUUCAUGCUUUAUUUAUCCGAAAAAAGUUCGUCUAGCGACCAAGAACCAGCGGCCAUCUUAUUGGACUUCCAACUAGUCAGAUGCUCCAGCCCAGUCACAGACAUCGCCUACUUUUUGUACACAAGUACCGAUAAAGAAACUCGUGAUAACCACUUCCAAGAUCUUCUCAACUAUUAUCACUGCAAUCUUAUUGAAACGGUUGUUUUUCUUGGCUCUAAACCAAACUUGUAUCCGCUGGAUACAUUUUUACAAGAGGUGAAGGAAAAAUUCGUUCUAGGAUUUGGAUUUUCAAUAGAAGCUCUACCGGUUAUGACACUCGACGAAUCAGAAGCAUUUGAUAUCGAAGAUAUUCAGGGAACUGAAGCCGUUAAUAUUUCUAAAGUAUGGAAAGUUAAACCGAUAUCGUGUAAGAAAAAUCGCAAACGAGUUGCUGAUGCGAUGGUUCACGCUAUUCAUCAAGGAUUUAUUUACCGCGAGUGUUGGAAGCGCUACGCUAGCAUUGUAGAAUUGUGUGAAUUAAAAGAUACUUGUAUUUUUUUUAUUGAUAAAUUUAUCAUAAUGGCGAAAAAUAAAGAUAUUUUAACUGGACUAAGUAAAUUAUUGACAGAAAAAACACUGGAAAAUAUUGUAAAACAGGCAACUGGAGGAAAUAACAUCGAAAUAGUUGAUUGGAAAAGUGAGGAAGCUUCUAAGAAAGGUGACAGCUACUUAUCUACUGUUACAAGGUUGACGAUAGCAGCUAUUGUUGAUAACAAGAAGAAUAAUUUGAAAGUUGUCAUCAAGUCACUGCCAGAUAAUUUGGGCCGCAGGAAAACUUUUCGUAGCGCUGAAUUUUUUCGAAAUGAAAUAACGUUUUACACUAAGGUAAUGCCGUUAUUUAGAUCAUUUCUAACAUCAAAAAACCAGAAUAAUUUGUUGCUAGUACCCGACUGUUACGCUCAUAUUUUGGAUGGCGAAAACGACUUCAUUGUCCUAGAAGACGUGACAGUCCGAGGAUUCGGUCCAGCUUCAAGACAAAGUACUUUAAGUAUCGAAGAAUUCGAGCUUAUCCUGAAAGCUAUGGCGAGAUUCCACGGAGUUUCUUUUGCUUGCAAAGCCAAUGAUUUCAAAAAAUUUUCAGACGUCUCGAAUCAGUUGAUAGAAACUUAUUUCAGUGACAACCAUUGGGAUUGGUACAAGACUUUCCACGGAGUUGCGAUUAAAAUUGCAAAGGACGCGAUGGAAAAAGAAUAUCCCGAAACAGAAGAGCAGAAAAAAUUUAAAAGCAUCCAGGGCAAUGAUUUGUGGCGCAAAAGUGUCCAAGUUUGUUCUCAAACUAUGACACCAACAUCAGUAAUAAACCAAGGAGACGCUUGGGCUCCAAAUUUCCUGAUGCGCAGCACUGAGUCUGGAGAAAAAGAAGCUUUGCUUCUAGAUUUCCAGCUAGCGAGAUGCGCUAGUCCAGUUGCUGAUCUUUCAUUCUUCAUUUAUUCUUGCUCGGACACAGGAUUGCGCGAAACUCAUUUCGAUAAGCUGUUUGAGUUUUAUUACAAGCAUCUCGCGGAGACUAUCAAGGUUCUCGGGGGUAAUCCGGAUAAUAUUUAUAGCCGAGAAACAUUUUUUGAUGAAGUACAGAAAAAAUUUGGACAUGGAUUGAACUUUUGCUUGGAAUCAGUCCCUCUGAGUAUGUUAGAAGAAGAUGAACUGUUUGAAUUAGACGAAAUUCAAGGAAACACGGUGGAUCUCGCGGAUGUUUGGAAACUAAAGCCGAUUGAAAAUAAAAAAAAAAGAAAGCGGCUUGCUGACAUUAUCAUGCACGCGAUACAACAUGGUUUUAUAUAAAAAUAAAACGUUUGUUUUAGAGAUUGAAUGAAAAGUUGUAUUAAUUUAUAAUUUACAGUAUUUAGUUUCUGAAUUAAUAUAUAAAUGAUUUGUACACAA